GUGAGGGGCGCUGCCCUGCACGAUCAGUAGCCGAGGUCGGGAUCCCUAUGGCUGAUGCUCCAGGUAUGCUGAGAAGUUGCUAGGGCUUGAUUCAAAGCUUGCAAAGAGCCUAUUGAUUCCAUUCAGAGAAAUCAAGUGCUUGGGUACCUUGUGAAGAUCAAAUCCUCGGUCACCGAGUCUCGUCGGAGCUUUCCCAUUCCGAGAUGCUCUCCGGCGUGAAAUUCAUACCACGAGAUCAGCUUCAAACCGGCAAGCCUCAGCAGGAUUCUGGAGAUGAUUUUUCGGAAGAGGAGAAGAAUAAGAGGGGGGGAAGUAGUAGGAGUAAGCAGGAGGAGAGGAGACGGUCGGAGAAGCGGGUGAAGAAGACGAAGAAGAAGAAGAGUCUCAAGAAAAGGUACAGCUCGGAUGAGGGUUCUUCUGGAUCGUCGGAGGGGGAAGGUGAUAGCUUUUCUGAUCGAGAGGAGGAGAGGAGGAGAAAGAAGAGAGAUAAGGAUUUGCUGGAUGAUUCUUAUUCGUCAUCAGACGGGCAUGAGAAAAUGAAGAGACAUAGGGAUCUGAAAAGGGAGAAGAAGAAAGAAAGUAGGGAUUUUGAGGAGUUCUCAGAUGAUGAUGAGGCUAGAGAAUUUGAUUCACGGAAUGCCAAUAAGCUUGCAAGGAAGGAGAUGGGGCUGGAUUGGAUGCUGAGAUCUGCUAGCAAAACAGAGAAGAAGGUUGAGGAAGUUGGAGAAGCGUUGGAGAAGCCUCAAGUUGAAGAGCAGGUCAACCGAGCAAAUCCCAAAGAGCUGAAUCCAUAUCUUAGAAAUAAUGGAAGUGGUUAUCCAGAGGAUUCAGCUGCCUCAGAAUCUGGCGCAGGUCAACUUCUUCCUUCUUCUGUUGUUGGUGAUGGUGGUGCAAGCUGGCGACUGAAAGCAUUAAAGCGUGCAAAAGAGCAAGCUGCUCGUGAAGGGCAGAACUUUUCGGAGGUUGUUAAAGAACGAUGGGGUUCAUUGAGUCAGUUGGCCGCAUCAGUGGAUUCUCAAAGAGCUGCUCCUACUCAUGCUCAUUUGCAAUCUAUAAGAGCUAGGAAGAGGGGACAGACGGACAAACCAGACACUGUUGCUGGCAAUGAGUCAGAGAAAGGAGCUGAAGAAGUACGUGAUCAUAGCCGCGGGUAUCUACGGGAAGUAUCUUCCAGGCAUCCUGAGAUGAGGAAACCUAAACAUGAUUCUUUACCCUGGAAAAAGAAGAAAGAUCAGCCAGAAAGCACAUCCCUUAUUGCUGAAGCAUUCUCUGGCUUAACUAAGUUCGCUAAUGAUGGAAGUUUUAUGGAGACUUUCCUCCAAUCUAAAGGUGCUUGUGACAAUUCUCGUGCAAGUGUAUCAGAAAAUGAUAAUGGGGACAAAAAUGUACUUUCUGCAAACUCUAAGGAUUCUGGUGCGUCAUCUUUGGCUAACAACCAAGUUCUGAGUGCAAAUCAGUUAGCUGCUAAGAUAUUGCAGCUUCGAAUGAAGGGAAAGCAUGAUGAGGCGGAAAAGCUUUCGAAGGAGAUGGAUACUAUGCUUCAGCAGCAAGACAUUGGUAGUAAAAUGACUCAACAGGAAAGUAAUGGAAGCACAAGCAGAUACAUAAAGCAUGGUGUAUCCCAGGAGCACAAGAGGGAGGAGGACGCUGAUCUGCAUUUGGCAAGAAAAAUAAUGGGAAACAAAAAAUAUAGCUUGUCUGAAAGGGCAGAUGAUGAAUAUGAUUUUGAUGGUGAACCUAGUAGAAAGCGUAAACAUAAAAGGGAUGCGGUUCCUAAUGAGAGAUCUUCUGCCAAACGCAUCUUGACCCAGCAUGAGCGCUGCCAAUUUUGUUUUGAAAAUCCAUCACGGCCAAAACAUCUUGUCAUUUCGAUAGCGAAUUUCACAUACAUGAUGUUACCACAAUGGCAACCUGUUGUUCAAGGUCAUUGCUGUAUUUUGCCAAUGCAGCAUGAGUCUGCAAUUAGAACUGUUGACAAAAAUGUGUUGGAGGAAAUACGAAACUUCAAAAAGUGCCUUAUAAGGAUGUUUGCAAAUCAAGAUAAGGAGGUGGUCUUUAUGGAAACUGUGAUUGGUUUGACAAAGCAGCAGCGACAUUGCUUGAUUGAAUGUGUUCCUAUACCAAGUCAGCUUGCCAAGCAGGCACCUUUAUACUUUAAAAAGGCAAUUGAUGAAGCUGAAGAUGAAUGGGGACAGCAUGAAAUGAAGAAGCUUAUCCAAACAACUGGAAAUCUGCGGAAUGUGAUUCCUGAAAAUUUUGCUUAUUUCCAUGUUGAGUUUGGUCUUGACAGAGGUUUUGUUCAUGUGAUUGAUGACGACAACAAUUUCAAGAGCAGCUUCGGUCUGAAUGUUAUCAGAGGUCUUUUAAAACUGCCAGAGGAAGACAUGCACCGACGAAGGAGGUCCGAGCCCUUGGAAAACCAGAGGCAAGCAGCUGCGAACUUUGCUCGGGAUUGGGAACCUUUUGAUUGGACAAAACAGCUCGACUGACCAUCUUUGCUGCUGUUUUGCAUUCACUUGCUUAAUUUUCUCCAUAAAGCUCAUAAAAAAUUGAAUGUCAAUGAAUUAGUGUUGAAGAUUGGAUGCAUUUGAAGAUGAUGAUGAAUGUGGCUGAACCAAAUGCAAGCCACUGCUUUUCCCAUGAUCAGUACAAGUUUUAAGUGAUGUACCAGUCUUUUUUUUUUUAAUGGAUUAAAAUGUGUAUGUAUAUAUAUAUAUAUAUUGGCCAAAAGUAGAAAAAGGAGAAAAUACUAGUAAAUAUUUGUGGCAGAUGACCGGUUGGUAUUUCAUUUCUCUUAACUCAAAUGUUAUCAAUGCUAUCAGUUUAAUUGGGUAUCAA